GCUUCUUUCUCAUUUUACAUUCAGUCGGAGACAUUAAUUGGCUAAGUGCAGAUCGUCGUCGAUCACCCACCAGCGAGCGAGGACGAGGCAGGGCAAAACCAAAGCAUAACACUUGUAACAUAACUAUAAUUUUUUUUUGUUGCGGAAGAUUUUGGGCGAAAGUGUGAUAGUGUGACGACUGAUAGUGUGUAGGAACUGAACAAAAUUUUAAGUUUUUAGUGAAUUAUUUGUGCCAAAAUCCGCCUUCGACGAUCUCGGACACGGAUCUCGAAGCAGAAUCUGCUGGAAAUGAAAGUUCUCUUAAUUUGUGCGUUAGCCUGUGUGGCGUUGAGUGGGGUCCUGAGUGCCUCGAUCAUCCGGGUAGCCCGCGAAGAUGUAGUGGUGCCGAUUGUGGAAGAGCUCAUCAAGGAGGAAAUCGUGUCGGAACUGCGCAAGGAUGAGAUCCCGGUCGCCGUCGAGGAGCAGCCCGCCAAGGAACAAGAGAUCGCCGUCCAGGAGGAAACGGUCGUCCCGGUCGAAAGCCAGCGGUCGGUUGCCGAAGUCGUGCAGGUCGCCGAACCGGUGGCCAUCGUUGCCGACGAGAAGGUAGUGGCCGUUGAAGAACCGGUCGCCGUCGUUGCCGUCGAGCAGGUCGCCAGCGUCGAUUCUCUGCGCAGCGUUGAGCCCGUUGUGGCGGUCGAAACCCCGGUUGCGGUCGUUGUCAACGAGGUCGCCGAAGCCGUCGUUCCGGAAGCUGUCGUGGAAAAGGAAGUCGCUCCGGUUGACUCGCUGCGCAGUGUGGAACCAGUGGUCGAGGUUGUCGAGCCCGCCGUCGCCGUCGUUUUGGAGGAUGUCAAGAAGGAGGAACCCGUCGUUGAAGUCGUCGAAGGUGCCGUCCGCUCUGCCCUGCCCGUGGUCGCCGAAGAAGAGAAGCCCGCCGAAGUUGUUGCUGACGCCGUCGCCACCGCUGUUGUCGAGAGCGAGAAGCCCGUCGAGGUUGUCAAGGAGGAAACCGUCGUGCCCGCCGUGAAGACCGUUGCCGAAGUCAUUCUGGCUGAAGCCGCCGCCGCCAAGGAGGUCGAAACCGUCAAGGAAGUCGAAGCCGUUAAGGAGGUGGAAGCCGCUCCCGUUGCCUCGCUGAAGAGCGUCGAGCCGGUCGUGGCCGUUGAGGAGCCCGUUGCCGUGGUUGCCAAUGUCGUCGCCGAUGAGGAGGAGAAGAAGGAGGAACCCGCCGUCGAGGCCCUGCGCAGCGUCCCAAUCAAGCCGUUCGUCGAGAUGGUCGAGGAAGCCAAGGCCGCCCAAGCCGAUGUUGUCGUGGAGAAGGCCGUCGAGGAUAAGGUGGUCGCGCCGGUUGAGUCGCUGCGUUCUGCUGCCCCGGAAGUUGGCGUGGAGGAGCCCGUUGCCGUUGCCGUUGUUGAGAAGGAACAGGUUGUCGAGAAGGUCGAAGAGCCGGUUGCUGAGGUGAAGAGUGCCAUCGCUGCCGAUGAGGUUGCCCCGGUUAUUGCGGUUGAGGAGGAGAAGGUCCCGGUGCCGGAGAUUGCCGUUGAGGAGAAGGUUGUUGCCGUCGUUGAGUCGCUCCGAUCUGCCCUGCCUGUGGCCGUUGUGGAUGAGCCCAAGGCUGUGGUUACGGAAGAGAAGAUCAACGAGGUCGUCCCGGCUGUGAAGGCUGUUGAAGCUGAGAAGGUCGUGGAAGAGUCGGUUGAUGCCGUCAAGGCCGUGCCAGUUGUCGAGGAAGUUGCUCCGGUUAAGGAAGGUGAACAGGAUGUUGAACGUUCCGCUGAUGUGAAGCAGGAUACUCCCACGACCGCUCGCCCGAAUCUGAUCCAGCAGAUCAUCCAGCCCGUGAACAACCUGAUCCAGAACAGCCCACUGGGACCAAUCUUGAACCGUGGAUCGACCACCACCACCACCACCACUACCACUAACCCGCUGGCCGGUGAGAACGGUGAAGCUGCUGCCGAUGAGCAGGCUCCCGCUCCGACCACCACCGCUCCCAACGUGUUCCAGCAGAUCGGCCAGAACAUCCAGAACCUGCUGAACCCGAACGCCCAGAACGCUCAGAGCGCCGAAGGAAGCACCACUGCCCGGCCAAACAUCAUCCAGCAGGUGCAGACCGCUGUCGGAUCGGUGUUCAACCGCCCAUCCAGCAACGCCGAACAGCAGCCCAGCCAGCAGCAGGGACCCAUCCAGAGUCUGGUGAACAACGUGCAGAACUUCUUCCGGCCGUCGACCGCCGCUGCCCCUGCCUCGGAGGCUGCCACUCCAGCGUCGGCCGCUUCCCCGCCGGUCGAGGAUGCUCCCAUCGAGGAGCAACAGCCCGCUGACGAAAGCUCCGCGCCUGCCGAAGAACAGCAAUCUGCCGUCUGAUUAAGUCCAACCCUGCACACUCACUUUAGUUAGGGUCUCUGUACUGUUUAAGCCAUAUCACACACACAAACACACCCAUGAAACACUCACACAGAGACCGAAUCCUUUCUUUUGCUAAAGGAACACGUCUCUGGUGUGAGUUUUUUUAAAACGAAAAAAAAAAUCAUCAAGUCAAAUCAUUUCGCUUGUAUCGUCACGCCACACAAAUUCUACGCGAUAAAAUUCCUUUCUUCGCACCCUGCCAGUUUCGUCCAGUUUCCCCCAUGCGGAA